CCGUAGCUUGCUGAACGCCUGAGCAGAUCCACAUUACAAGCACGCAACAUCUCCUUGCACUGUUGUCAUCGACAGACCUGUUAUUCGACAGUGCAAAGUACAGCGCCCAAAUAUUUGAAUCUAAGAUCGCGCAUCGAACCGUCAUCAUCAAUCACAUGCAACACACGACCAAGCCACAAACAAAUCGCCACAGUAACAGCUACAAUUACAGCAAUCCAGAUCCCGCCGUCGUCUCCAGAUCACAAUGGCCUCCCCAGGUGGUUCAGCAUCAGUACCGUCAACCUCAGACCACCCACCAUCGACAGAAGCUCACCCGCACUCUCACAGCCAUGCCCAUGAACAUCAUCCAACCCCUCCUGAAGAUGCCUGGAAGACCACUGGUGUUCGUGUAAUCCCCGCCGACUCCCUCGAGGCCGUGGGCGGCGCGCACAUGACGCCAGGCAUGGACCGCAGCGCAGCUAUCAACUUUGCUCGUGUGGGCGCGCAAAAACUGUGGGCGGGGACGGUACACAUCCACGCCGGCGCCAAGACCGGCGCUCACCACCACGGGCACCUGGAAAGCGUCAUCUACGUCCUGAAGGGCCGGGCGCGUAUGCGGUGGGGCGAGAAGCUCGAGUUCACCGCCGAGGCAGGCCCAGGCGACUUCAUCUUCGUCCCGCCCUAUGUCCCGCACCAGGAGAUCAAUGCGAGCGACGAUGAGAAGCUGGAGUGUGUGUUGAUGAGGAGUGAUAGUGAGGCCGUGGCCAUCAACUUGCCGGGCCUGGAGCCUGCCGAGGCCCCGGAGACUGUAAAGUGGAUUGAUCCUACCCAUCCUGAUGGAGCCGGGGCGUAGACAGAAAGCUUUCGUAACAACGUCUUGUCGAGUACGGGUGCAGACUGACAGGCAGACGACUGGCCUUAGCGGGACUUGACUCUGGUAUUAAAGCAUUAUAAAGGGC